UAUUAAUGUGACCAUUUGUAUUAUUCCUGUCCAUCGAAUUUAAAUAUCGAUGCGGUUUUUCAUGGAUUGUACUCUGUUUUUUCAUGGCGCUGGCCUCUGCAACUUCAUGCUACGCUCCAAUUCACGCCCCUAUAACAAGAGAACUGUGGAGAGGAGCUCCUAAAAAAAAACCCCACUUUGGUUAAUGGACUUUGGGCUUUGUCCAAGAACCCCGGAUUUAGAAGAAAUGUUCCCAUAAGUUUAAUUGGUAAAAAACCAGGGUUUUUGAACAUGGAUUUCAAUAAAAAUGAAGCUUUGAGAGAGGUUCUUGUUGAGGCGAAUGCGACGAACAGUGCCGGUGCUUCUGAUCGGUUCCAAAAGGUGGUUGGAGUAUGUCACUUGCUUGUCUCUCUGGGGGUCAUACUAUCAAUGGAUUACUUUUUGAAGAGGGCCUUUGUAGCUGCUGCUAUCAAGUUCCCAAGUGCUUUAUUUGGGAUGUUUUGUAUAUUCUCUGUUCUAUUGAUAUUGGAUUGCUUUGCCCCACCAAUGGCCAUCAAAGCCAUGGCCUUCUUUGAGCCAGCCACCAUGUUUAUACAGAGGUGGCUUCCUCUAUUCUAUGUUCCUGCAAUGGUGGUCUUACCGUUGGCAGUUAAGGAUAUUCCUGCAGCUUCGGGGGCCAAGAUCGUGUUCAUUAUUGUUGGCGGUUGGCUCGCCUCGUGUUGUGUAGCAGGGUACACAGCCCUUACUGUGAGAAAUAUUGUAAAGACGGAGAUGAUACCUGCUGAGCCAAUGGAAAAACCUCCUCCAUUUUCGACCUUUGAGAUUGCAUCUUGGUCUGUGAUUUUCCUCGUAUUCUUUAUAAUUGCGUAUUUCUUCCCAAUUGCUCUUGGAACAACUGCAAGGACAAGCCUCCCAUUUUUACUUGCAGCUACGGUCUUGGGGUAUAUGAUUGGUUCCAGGUUGCCAUCCAGUGUCAAGAGUCUUCUACAUCCGAUUGUAUGUUGUGCAUUAUCUGCAGACUUGGCAGCAAUGGCGUUUGGAUAUGUCUCGCGCAUUGGACUGGAUGCUGUUUUAGGAGACUAUCUCACCAAAGUACCAUCAAAUCCUGGAGCUGGUGAUAUUCUGAUGGGCUUUUUAGGAUCUGUUAUCAUUUCAUUCGCCUUUUCAAUGUUCAAGCAGAAAAGGCUUGUCAAGAGACAUGCUGCAGAGAUAUUCACUUCAGUGAUACUUUCCUGUAUAUUCUCUUUGUACUCGACUGCUUUUGUUGGGCGAAUUGUGGGAUUAGAGCCUGCUUUAACUGUAUCCAUUUUACCAAGGUGUAUUACAGUUGCUUUAGCACUCAGUAUUGUCUCACUUUUUGAAGGUGCCAAUUCAUCCCUCACAGCUGCUGCAGUUGUGUUAACUGGGCUGAUAGGUGCAAAUUUUGUGCAAGCUUUGCUUGAUAAACUCCGCUUGAAUGAUCCUAUUGCUCGAGGAAUAGCAACAGCCUCUAGUGCUCAUGGAUUGGGAACAGCAGCUUUGUCGGCAAAGGAGCCCGAGGCCCUUCCAUUCUGUGCCAUUGCCUAUGCCUUAAAUGGUAUAUUCGGUUCUUUGCUCUGUUCUGUUCCAGUUGUGAGGCGCAGCUUGACUUUAAUAGCAGGUCAGGUGUUAAUGUAAAUACAACAUGUGAUAUAUUAUGUGGUCAUUGUAUCCAAAUAUCCAAUUAUUUAUAUUGAGGAGAACAGUUAUUUUCUUUUGUAAAGUAUAUUGGUUCAAUCUUCUCUGCCCUUAUGAAUAAAUUAGGCGAUGGUCAGAAUA